CCUUCGGUCUCCCAGGAAAUCUAGCACUCUGACCUGCGGUCAGUCCGUCUCAUAGGUCUGAAAAGGGAGCCGCGACGCAGGCUGGCCAUGCCCUGGGACUCCCCAGGACUGUGGGAGCUGGUGGAGGAGCAUGUUCCACUCCCGGAGCGGCCUGAAGUGAAGAGGAUUCUGGGGGAGGCAGCGGUGGAUCUGAGCCUGGAGUUGCGAGAGGAGGUGGCGAUGCUAAAGGCGCUGCUCCAAGAGUUUCGAUCUUCUCAAGCCUCGGGAUCCCACCUGGUCUCUGAGUCUCCCUCCCUUCUGGCACCACCACCCCUCCUGAGAGAUAUCAUGCGCCAAGAACUCCGACAGUUGCUCCAAUGCCUCCGCUUUAAGGCUCUCUGUGAGGGCAGGGACCAGACCCAGGCCUGGGCCCAGUAUAGUCCCAAGGUCCUUCGCUUUGCCUUAGAGGAGCCCAGAUGUGAUCCAAGACAACAGGAACUAUCCCGGAUGAGAGCUGGUGAGCCCAGGACUAGAAUGAGCAACAUGGAGGGGGAGAUGUUAACUUCACCUGUCAGCAGCUGUCACAGGGACCUCGGUGUCAUCAAGGACCAACUGAAUGUGUCUGGCAUCGACCAGGUUGCCAGACACCUGAGGAGCCUCCUGGAGGAGGAGUGUCACAUGUUGCAGAGAGAGGUCUCUGACCUGCAGGCAGGGUCCCUGAACCGGAUCUCUCCACAGCACUGUCUGGAAAUGGAGCAGAUGCAGUCUUGCCAGCCCUCCAAGGCCACCCUAGAGCCCACCCUGGCAGAGAUAAAGGAACAGAAGGCAGCCAUGGAACAGGAGCUGUUACAGGUCUCUCUGGGACCUUCCUGUGUCUCUGGCAAGCACAGGCAGAAGCAGCUGAGGUCUAUUCCGGGCCUCAGACCCUUUCCUUGUCUCUACGGCUACAUGCCUACACCUCCUUCGGAGCGCUGCCCCCACCCUCAAGGUCAGGCAACCACUCAGCGCUGCAGACGGCAGCUUCGAUACAGCUAUUGGGAAGAGCCAGCUUCCACAUCAGUGUCCAGUGCGGCCUCCCAGGCUCCAACCUGAAGGGCGGGUCACAAAACAGGCUUCUGCCUCUGCUGUACCUUGCCCAUCUGUUGUUACCUCCGGCUGC